UUGGAUGGCAGAAAGAGUGAAGUCAAUCCAGAAUUCCAUAAACAAUUCGAGCUUUUCAGAGCUUUCAUACAUACCAAACUGUCACCCAAAAAGGCCAUCAAAAAAGGAGAGUUUGUGACUGGUGAAGGACUAGCAGCACUAGUCCAGCUUUAUGUAGACGCUCUCAACACUCCGGACGCUGUACCCAACGUAGAAGAGUCCUGGGAUAAAUUUGCCAAUACCAAAUGUGGUGCAGUAUUGGAAGAUGCUUUGAGGACAUACCAACAGGAAAUGACGUCAUUCGUGGAGAAUAUGAUGCCUUGCGAAGCCGAUGAGCUAAGAUCUGCGCAUGAAGAAACCAUGGAAAAAUGUCUCGAAACGUUUAAAAAAGAGACACGUUUCUUCUCUAUUGAUAGUGUGGCGCCCCAUUUGCAGGAAUUGACAGGGAAGACAGAUAUCCUAUUGCUUAAAUGGCUUCAAACAAACAAACAAAGAACUGAAGAGAGCUGCAAAGCAUUAAUCAAAGAGCUUGAGAAAACAAUAUUGGAUCCAGUUCUUAGUCGCCUUGUAGGCCCUGAUGGAUCUCAGAUGGAUUUUAAUGAACUCGUAGAGGCAUACAAACUAAUUGAGCAGAGAUACAAAGAUGAAGGGCGUGGUGAUCUGGAAACUAAAGCACUUGCUUUUGUGGAUAUGAAUUCAAGGCUAAAUGACGAAAUGACUAGAAACUGGGACAUCCUGAAAAAGCUGAAAAACUACGAUGCUUUGCUAGCAAAGGAAAAAACACAAAAA